AAGAAACAACUUUUCGAAUAUUCUUAGAAUUUCUAAAUACUCUUCACCAAAAUACGCGUUGUUCGAAAAAUUAUUUUCGGUCUACUCGUAUAUUUCGUCCUUACGUUUUACGCUCCUGACGAAUAGCACACUGUAAGUAACCAAUUACGUUUGAAAGUUUGAUGUGCAACAGUUGCUACUAGCAACGUUGAACUAUAUAUGACUGUAUCAUUCGAAACAUAUUUUUAUUAUGUAGUACACAAUAUAAACGUAGGAAGGGGAUAACCACUUUAAAAUUUAUUAAGUCACGAUAUUUAUUGAACUUACUGUAAUACAGUGACAAUUACUAUGAGCUCGAUUUUUGGUGAUGGUGACAGCAACAAUAACAUAAAUACCAUAAUUUUUGACAUUUCAAAGUGCGAGAGAAAAUUAAAUGAAGAGUUCAAAGUGCUGCAAAGAAAGUUAAAAUCGAAAUGGAAAUUUGUAGAAAACAACGAUGUAUUGACAGAAGAAUCGUUAUCAAUAGGCAAAGUGUUGGUGCUACCGGGACCACGAAAUAAAUUUACCGAAUUAGAAAUGAAUUCUAUUAGGACGUUUUUAAAUUCCGGCGGACAUGUAUUAGUUAUGCUCGGUGAGGGCGGUGAAAAAAAGUCUAAUACAAACGUAAAUUUCUUGCUGGAGGAAUUUGGUAUAAUGGUGAACAAUGACAGUGUAAUACGUAUGAGUUACAGUCAAACAAUGCAUCCAAAGGAAUGCUUAAUUUCACAAGGAAUGUCAAAUAAAUCUGUAUUUUCCAAAAGUCACAAUGAAUACAUAGAUAUGAAUUUCUUGUACCCAUAUGGUGCAACUUUAAAUGUGGCACAACCAUCUGUAGUUGCAUUGUCUAGUGGAUCAAUUGCAGUUCCAACAAAUAGACCUAUUUGUGCAUAUCAUUACAGUGAAAUAAACGGUAGUAAAUUACUUGUUUUAGGUUCACCAAGAAUGUUGACUGACACAUACAUAGAAAAGGAAAAAAAUGAUUCCUUGAGAGAAAUGAUAUUUGAUUUUUUUGAAUCAAAAGAAAUUGUUGCCAAAGACUCUCAAAUGGAUGAUGUAGGUUUCUGGGAGUACAAUUUUGUGCCAGAUAUAACACAACAAGCAGAUAAUCCAAAAGUGUGCACUCAAGACAUAGACAUGAUGGAUAAUCCUCAUGAAUAUACUAAGUUAUUUAAACAUCAUUUGUAUUCUGUAAACUUAAACACAGUGCCAGCUUGUAUAAAGGCUUUCGAUGUUUUGGGUGUAAAACACGAACCACUUACUUUAAUUCCACCACAUUUUGAGGCACCAUUACCACCCACUCAAGCAUCGGUCUUCCCACCAAGUUUCCAGGAAUUACCCCCACCAGCUUUGGAACUGUUUGAUUUGGACGAAGCCUUCAGUUCUGAUUUAUUAAAACUGUCACAAUUAACGAAUAAAUAUAUGGCAACAAAAGAUCUAUCAAAAGACAUGGAGUUGGAUCAUUAUAUUAGGGAAUUUGGAAGCAUUGUUAGAAUAAGCAAUUCUGAUAGUCGCACUGCCAAAGAAGUAUUAAACUCUGUCUUUCAAAGUAUUUGCAGUUAUAAAGCAAUGCACGAAUAAAAAAAUGGUAAAAAUUGUAAAUAUUGUAUGUUGCUAUUUUAGAUUAAAUUACAAAAUUAAGAUACAUGUACAUAUAUACCAUGUGAGAAUAGAAGAGAUUACUAAUUAAAAC